AUGGCUGGCUGGACUGAUGAAGAGAAAGCGAAGUACUUAGCUGUUGCAUUACGUGGGUCGGCACAACAGAUGUUGAGUCAUGUUCCUGAUGGAUCAAGGGCCAAGUAUGUGGACAUACUGAAGGUACUUGAGAAGCGAUUUGCUCCCGCAAAUAUUGAAGAACUUUAUAAAUCAGAGUUGAGAAUGAGACGGAGACAACCAGGGGAGUCAUUGUUGGAAUUAGGGCAAGCAAUACAGCGUUUGGUUUUCUUAGCAUAUCCUUCUGCACCCCAGGAUGUUAUGGAUACUCUUUCCAAAGAUAAUUUCUUGGAAUCUUUGACAGAUUCGGAGAUGAGACUGAAAGUUUUACUUGGUCGACCUAAGACGUAUGAUGAAACUAUUCAAGCUGCUGUAUCUCUGGAUGCUUGUACCACGGCUGAAGCUCGUCGUUACAACAGGACUAAAAUUCGAGGUGUUGAUAUUAAGUCGUCUGAUAACGAGAGUGAGAUGGACGAGAUAAGAAGAUACAUGAAAGAAAUGCUGAAUAAGGUCGAGGAGCAGGAAAACCGAUAUCGUCUGGAAUUAAAUAAAGAGAGAGAAAGGAGAAGAAAGGAACAAAGAAGUGCACCUUAUAGGAGAACAAACGGAACAGAGAUUGUUUGCUACAACUGUCGACAGAAGGGACACACGUCCAGGCAAUGUCCCGAGCCGCGACAGCAGAUUGAUCCACAGAAGCUCUGA